ACAGAAUUCCACUAGUUUUGCUUCAUCUUCCCCUCUGCUCUCUCUUCCUUCUUCUGUUGAAAAAUUCCAAGUUCUGUACGCUCUCUCUCUCUCUCUCUCUAUGACCAAGUCCAAAUACACACAAAGAUUUCAGAUGUCCACAUUUGAUUUUUCUCAAUGUGGUUUUCAUCAGUUCUUGCUGUGAUUUGUUGCACAGGAAGAAGAAUCGGUUCGGUAAUUGCUCCGGUAGAGUGUAUUUCGAGUAUUGUUGUUUCAAUCGAGACAUUAGGAAGAAUGACGAUUGCAAUUUCGGGAAAUCAUUGCGUCUGUAGUGACCUGAGAGGGAAAUUCCUGUAUUUUGAACUACAAAGUUCUGAUUUAUAGAAACUAGAAAGAGAAAAAAACUUAAGAACUUACUAUUCUUUUUCUUCUUUUAUAGAUUAUACUGAAGAAUCUCCAAAACAUGGUAGACAAAUCAGACAAGGAUGUCUCCUAUUGGUUGCCUAAGCCUAAAUCUAGAAUUGAUAUGCAGUUCCAUGUCCGUGGGGUGCCCUUUACUUUGGAAAGGGAUAUCAUAGUAGAAAAGUCGGCCAAGAUCGUGGAGAUACUGAACGAGCAAUCCGAUGACAGUAUCUAUCAGUUCCUCAGAAACAUACCAGCUCAUCCUAAGACAUUUGAACUUGUUGCAAGGUUCUGCCAUGGGUUUGAACUGCAAAUGUCAUGUGAGAAUGUGCUUCCUUUAGCAUGUCUUGCUUUCUAUCUGGGGAUGACUGAAAGUCACAGCCCAAAUAAUCUGUUGAGCAAAGCAGUUACCUUCUUUGAACAGAGAAUCCUCCCCUGCUGGAAUGAAACUAUUAAGGCUUUUCUUACAACAGAAGAUAUCAUACAACAGGCAGUGGAUACAGGCCUUGUUGGUGAAUGUAUUGAGUCUUUGGUUUGUAAGGCAGUGAAUGAUCCAUACCUCCUCGGUGAACCGCUUGUGAAUUUUGUAAAUGAUGAACUCAGUGAGGAUGAUGAGUUUCAUCACAAGCCCAGUGCAAGAAGAAAGCUCUUUGUUUCUGAGUGGCAGUCGGAGGAUUUGACAAUUCUGCCUCUUUCGUUAUAUGAAUUAACCAUUCAUUCUAUGAACCAGCAUGCUGUACCGCCGAGAUUUGUAGCUGCAUCCCUUUUGAAGUAUGCAAAGAAGUGGGUUUUUUGCAGUGCUAAAGGAGAGAAAAAAAUGUCGGUAUGCAAAACAAACCAUCAGAGGGAAGUCAUGGAAGCAGUGGAGAGGCUACUGCCUCAUCAGAAGGGACUAUUUCCUUGCACAAUACUGUUUGAAAUGCUUCGUUUUGCCAUUCAUUUGGAAGCUAAUGUUGGCUGUAGGAAUGGACUCGAGUUGAGGAUAGGAAAGCAGCUUGAUCAAGCUACAGCAAGUGAUCUUUUAAUACCUUCUCGAGACUACGCUAAGGAAAUGCAUUACGAUAUCGAGUGCGUGAAGCGGAUUAUAAAGCACUUCUAUAGAGAUUAUAACUCAAAUAUGGAAGGACUAACUGCGGUGGCGAGACUCAUUGAGGAGUUUUUGAUUGAGGUUGCCAGUGACAGAGAUUUGGAGAUAAGUGCAUUUGUUUCAUUAGUUGAAAUGUCAAGUGCAGCGUCAAUGGGAACUGAUAGGAGCUCCGAUGGAAUAUACAGGGCUAUAGAUAUAUACCUGGACAAGCAUAGCUACUUGACUGAAUCUGAAAAAGAAGAAGUGUGCAGAGGGCUGGACUACCAUAGGAUGUCGGCUGAAACUUGUGAACACGCAGCCAAGAAUCAGCGAUUGCCAUUAAGGAUAGUGGUCCAAGUGCUAUUUUUGGUGCAAUUGCAACUCCGCGAUGCGAUCACGAGGGAGAUGCAGGGUCCUGACAACAGAUUGACACAGGACGAGGUCGAAAAGGACGAAAGAGAGUUGGCCUUAAAUGAUGGAGUACAAAAAAGUGAAAUGGAGAAAAUGAGCAACAAAGUGAUGGAACUAGAGAAAGAAUGUCAUAUGAUGAGGAAAGAGAUUGAGGAAGGCUGCAUCCACAUGGUGAAAAAGGAGAAGACAAGCAUGUGGAGAGAAAUGAAGAGGAAGUUUGGUUGCAUAAACAAGAUGAACAACUGCAAUUGCCAAGUUAAAAAGAAAAAGGUUCAUCCAAAACUAUGGCCUUGACUAACAGACAACUGAUCCAUCCAUAAACUCUUCUGUAAUUAUUUGAUUACAUGCUUCUGCAUUAUCAUUCUAAUGGCCCUAUUUUAGUGAAUAAAUCUCCUAGUUUAUGGGCAUCAAGCCAAAAUUUUCCCCAAGGUAACUGUUCUUUUGCCACCUUGCUUUUCCAGCAUCAUGUCAUUUACCUUACAACAUGCAGAUUUGGAAUUGUCGACAAAAAGAACAGAGUUUAUUGAA